GCCAGCCGGAAAAAUGGCGCCUCCCAGUCCCCGAGAGUCCAAGGCCCAGUCGGCCACGAGCGCGGUCAAGUCUGACGGGGAGAUGGUGCUGCCGGGCUUCCCGGACGCAGACAGCUUCGUGAAGUUCGCUCUUGGAGCAGUGGUGGCAGUCACCAAGGCGUCUGGGGGCCUACCACAGUUUGGUGAUGAGUAUGAUUUUUACCGAAGUUUUCCUGGCUUCCAGGCAUUUUGUGAAACACAGGGAGACAGGUUGCUUCAGUGCAUGAGUAGGGUGAUGCAGUACCACGGGUGCCGAAGCAACAUUAAGGACCGGAGUAAAGUGACCGAGCUGGAGGACAAGUUUGAUCUGCUGGUCGACACCAAUGAUGUUAUUCUGGAAAGAGUGGGCAUUUUACUGGACGAAGCAUCAGGCGUGAAUAAGAAUCAACAACCUGUCCUCCCUGCAGGGUUACAGGUCCCCAAAACCAUAGUGUCCAGCUGGAACCGGAAGGCAGGAGAAUAUAGCAAAAAAACAAAAUCUGAAACUUUCCGGCUACUUCAUGCAAAAAACAUCAUCCGACCUCAGCUUAAGUUCCGAGAGAAGAUCGACAACUCUAACACACCAUUUCUUCCCAAAAUCUUCAUUAAGCCCAAUGCUCAGAAACCCCUCCCUCAGGCACUCUCCAAAGAAAGGCGGGAACGCCCGCAGGACCGCCCUGAGGACUUGGAUGUCCCCCCUGCCCUCGCGGAUUUAAUCCAUCAGCAGAGAACCCAGCAGGUGGAGCAGGACAUGUUUGCGCAUCCUUAUCAAUAUGAACUAGAUCACUUUACGCCACCAGACUCAGUCCUUCAAAAGCCAGAGCCUCAGUUAUACAGACCUAUAGGAGAGACACCCUGCCACUUCGUGUCCACACUGGAUGAACUAGUGGAACUCAAUGAAAAGCUCCUGAAGUGUCAAGAAUUUGCUGUAGACCUGGAGCACCACUCUUACAGGAGCUUCCUGGGGCUCACCUGCCUGAUGCAGAUUUCCACCCGGACAGAAGACUUCAUCGUUGACACUCUGGAGCUUCGCAGUGACAUGUAUAUUCUCAACGAGAGCCUCACAGACCCAGCUAUUGUUAAGGUCUUCCAUGGUGCUGAUUCAGACAUAGAAUGGCUCCAGAAGGACUUUGGGUUGUACGUGGUGAACAUGUUUGAUACCCACCAGGCAGCUCGCCUUCUUAACCUGGGCAGGCACUCCCUGGACCACCUGCUGAAGCUCUACUGCAGCGUGGAGUCAAACAAGCAGUACCAGCUGGCCGACUGGCGGAUACGACCUCUGCCUGAGGAAAUGCUGAGCUAUGCCCGAGAUGACACUCACUACCUGCUGUACAUCUAUGAUAAGAUGCGGCUGGAGCUGUGGGAGCGCGGCAACGAGCAGCCCACACAGCUGCAGGUGGUGUGGCAGCGCAGUCGCGACAUCUGCCUCAAGAAAUUCAUCAAACCCAUCUUCACAGACGAAUCUUACCUGGAACUCUAUAGGAAGCAGAAGAAGCAUCUGAACACACAGCAGUUGACGGCCUUUCAGCUGCUGUUUGCCUGGAGGGAUAAAACAGCUCGUCGGGAAGAUGAGAGUUACGGAUACGUCCUGCCAAACCACAUGAUGCUAAAGAUAGCUGAGGAGCUGCCCAAGGAACCUCAGGGCAUCAUCGCUUGCUGUAACCCCGUGCCUCCUCUCGUACGGCAGCAGAUCAACGAAAUGCACCUUCUGAUUCAGCAGGCGCGAGAGAUGCCUCUGCUCAAGUCUGAAGUCGCAGCGGGAGUGAGGAAGAGUGGGCCGCUGCCCAACCCUGAGAGAUUGGAGAAUGUUCUCUUUGGCCCCCAUGACUGCUCCCAUACCCCGUCAGAUGGCUACCCGCUCAUCCCAACCGACGGUAACGAAGAGGCCCCUGGGCCUGUGCCGGUGCAGAAGCAGGAGGGCCUCCUCUCCGCCCAAGAAGACGAGGAGACCCUGCCAGACAUCAGAUGUCUCGUCGCUACCGCUGUCAUCACAUUAUUUAAUGAACCUAGUGCUGAAGGAAAUGAAAAAAGUCCAUUAACAGUUGCACAGAAAAAAGCCCAGAACAUAAUGGAGUCCUUUGAAAAUCCAUUUCGGAUGUUUCUGCCUUCAGUAGAACACCGGGCUCACAUUUCUCAGUCAGCAAAGUUUGAUCCAUCAUCGAAAAUCUAUGAAAUCAGCAACCGUUGGAAGCUGGCGAGCCAGGCACAGGCACGAAGAGAGCCUAAGGAGACUGCUAAGGAGGCAGCGGGGCAUACAGCUGCCCGGGACCAGGCCCAAGAGGAGUACAGGGCCGCCGCGGAGCAGGCCAUGUCCGUCCGCCAGCAGACUGCACUGGAGAAUGCUGCCAAGAAGAGAGAGCGGGCGACGAGUGACCCGAGGACGACAGAACAGAAGCAAGAGAAGAAACGCCUUAAACUUUCCAAGAAGCCAAAAGACCCAGAUCCGCCAGAAAAAGACUUUACGCCCUAUGACUACAGCAAGUCGGAUUUCAAGGCUUUUGCUGGAAACAGCAAAUCCAAACCUUCUUCCCAGUUUGACCCAACCAAGCAGCCCCAGUCAGGCAAGAAAUGCAUUGCAGCCAAAAAAGUUAAACAGUCGAUUGGAAGCAAAAGCAUGUCCUUUCCAACGGGAAAGUCAGACAGAGGUUUCAGGCACAAUUGGCCAAAGAGAUAAUGUUGGAAGACAGCCUCAGGAUCCCCUGGUGGACUGGAAGCACCAGAUAGCGGUGCUGGUUUUGUACAGACUCAUUUUUAAACCAUUAAAAAAUAACUCUUGCUGGAAGAAAGCGGGUGCCUGACUUUUCUUUUGCGGCCACUCCAGCUCUGGGUAGCAAGAACACACCUCGUCCUGUCCAGGUCACCCUCUUCAGCGGUCUGGGGUAAGUGUGCCCUUGGAGCGUGGUUUCCGGAGAAAUCCAGAACUUCCCCCGAGGAGGAAUGCAGGAGACACCCCAGGACUCAGGAAAGGGAGGCCUCCACAGGCCAGGGCACGAUGCCCAGCUGACUCUCCAUCCUGAGAGGACGCACUUGUCCACGCCUGCUCAUGCACAUGAAGCCAGAUGGUGAAAAGUACCUUCGAGAAGAGGGACUGGUGGGUGCUUGGAGCCACUGGGGCUUCUCGACAGCCUGGUCUCUUCUCUAUUCCUUUCUCUCUCUUUUUUUUUUACAUUUUGUUUUUUCCCCGUUAUAAAACUAAUAACAUGUUUAUUAUAGGAAAUGAGAAAAACAUGGAAAAAUGUAAAGAGAAAAAUUAAAUCAUCUUUAAUCGUGCAGCACAGAGAGAAUGUUUACUAUUUUGAUGGAAAGGCUUUUUACCUUACGUGUGAAUACCUUCCAGAUGACCUUAUAUUUCUAUAGUGUUUCACCUU